AUGUCCUCUCAGAUCUAUCAGACUGACCAUGUCCCCUCAGAUCAGACUGACCACAUCAGACUGACCAUGUCCUCUCAGAUCAGACUGACCAUGUCCUCUCAGAUCAGACUGACCAUGUCCUCUCAGAUCAGACUGACCAUGUCCUCUCAGAUCAGACUGACCAUGUCCUCUCAGAUCUAUCAGACUGACCAUGUCCUCUCAGAUCUAUCAGGCUGA